AUGCGUUUUGAUCGGCACGCCACAGCUGAGCUCCUCCGAAAAUGCCGAGAUCCCGUCCAAGCCCAGGCUCUCCACGCCCAGAUCGCCAGCUCCAGCCAUGGAGCCGAGGCGUUCUUCAACAAUCUUGUCAUUCACAUGUAUGCCCGGUGUGGCAAACUCGGCGAGGCUCGCUGUGUCUUCGACUCGAUGGUCAAGAGAAACAUCUUCUCCUGGAAUAUCAUCGUCUCAGCGCACACGCAGACAACUGGGUUUCUCUCCACAGCUGCAAGCUUUUACGAUCGGAUGCCUCGUUGGGAUCCGGUGGCCGCGACCGCGAUGAUCGCCGCAUUUGCCAGUGCAGGGCAAUUGUGUUCUGCAAGAGAGAUCUUCGACUGGCUGCCCACUCGAAGCACUAUAUCCGAGACUGCAAUCAUGGGCGCAUACGCUAAAGCCGGUUUCGUUCAGGAGGCGAAGAAAGUAUUCGACAUCAUCUCUCGCAAAGACGAAGUCUGCUGGAACGCCAUUGCAACAGCAUAUGCCUCAAACCGGCAUUUGCACAGAGCUCGUGGUAUCUUCGAAAAGAUUCCCCAAAGAAGCAGCGUUUGCUGGAACGCGCUCUUCUCAGCGCUGGCGCAAAACGGGCAUCUUGCGGAAUCAAAACAAGUUUUUGAUGAGAUGCCCGAGCACGACGAAUAUUCGUGGACCGGCCUCGUUACAGCAUAUGCCCGUAACGGGCAUCUGGGAGAUGCGCAGAGAAUCUUCCGCGGCAUGCCGCGGUGGUGCCCGGUUACGUGGAACGCGAUGAUGUCCGCGUGUGCCCGGAAUGGGAAUCUCCACGAGGCCGUCCGGAUGUUCGCGCGGCUCGAACACCCGACCCCCGAGGCCUGGGGAACGCUCAUCGCGGGCUACACGUCCAACGGGCGCCUCGCCGAGGCCCGGGAGCUCUUCGAUCGCAGCCCUAAUCCGGGGAUCACGUCCUGGAACGCGCUCAUUACCGCCUACAUCGACAGUGGUGAUCUGGCGGAGGCGGAGCGGCUGUUCGAUCGAAUGCCCAACCGCGCGUCCGCGUCGUGGAACACGCUCAUCAAUGGGUUCCUCCAAUUGGGCGAGAUUUCCCGCGCUAGGCGGCUCUUCGAUCGGAUGCUCGAGCCGGACACCGCGACCUACGUAUGCGUGCUCGCGGCAUAUGCCCAGAGAGGGCAUCUGGAAGAUGCGCAGAGUAUAUUCGACAGGAUGCCCGAGAAGAACCUCCUGGCCAGGACGGCGAUGCUAGUCGCGCACGCCCAGCGCGGGAGACUGGAAGAUGCGCGGAGGAUAUUCCACGGUAUGGUGGAGCGGGAUCUUGUGGCGUGGACUGCCCUGGUUGGGGCCCUUGCCCAACAGGGGCAUGUGGAGGAAGCCAAGGAGGUGUUUGAUAAGAUGCCCCACUUGGACCUCGUCUCGUGGAACGCAAUGAUUGCGGGGUACGCGCAAAAUGGACGCGUGGCAGCCGCGAGGUCGUUGUUUGCAAAAACUCCCCAUUUGGGGCUGCCCGUGUGGAACGGGAUUAUCUCGGCUUGUGCCCAAAAUGGGGAUGGGCGUGCAGCACUGGGGCUCUUCCGGGCCAUGGCGUGGGAGGGAUUCGAACCCAAUACCGUCACAUUCGUGAGCGUCCUCCUUGCGUGUAGUCGUAUAGGAUCUGUAGAGAAUACCGUCGGCUACUUUGUCUCGCUCGUUGGGGAUUUUGGCGUGGCGGCGAUGCUUGAUCACUAUAUGUGCAUGGUAGAUCAAUUGGCGCGCACUGGGCAGCUGGAUCACGCCCAGGAUCUGAUCGAGAGCAUGCCCUUUGAGCCCGAUUCGGUGGCCUGGACGAUUCUGCUGGGCGCUUGCAAUGUCCAGGCGGAUGUGGAGCAGGGAUCGCUAGCCGCGCGGCUCGCAUCGUCGCUCGAUUCCGAGAACUCAGUGCCGUAUUUGCUGCUGUCGAAUGCCUGGAUCUCUGGGUCUCCAAUUUGA